UCUAACAGUUCCUGGAUGGCUAUAAAAUAUGAAUUACGGAUAACGGUUCAACAUUGUUUUGUUUGUAGAGACUCUGAAAACCUGAAGAUGAAGACUUUCAUCACCAUUGCUUUGAUCCUCACUUUUAGUGUGGCUGUACUUUGUGAAUUUAAUUUACCCUUUUGUCGGUUCACAGAUGAUCAAAUGGCGAAGUUUCUUGCAUGUCAAGGAGAAAAGAUCCCUUCUUGGUUUGGUGUUAUAUUCAAUCGUUGUAAAGAGAAACAUUUCCCUCACACUUCAUACAUAGAAAUCAUGAGAAAAAUAUGCGAGGGAGGAAAAACAGUAAUGGAGUUUAUCAUGUGCUACAUAUCUGCAUACGAUUUAAUACAAGAUGAGUUGAAGAAAAUUGAACAAAAGUGUCUUCGUGAAGUAAUGCCUUAGAUAACAGCAAGAAGAUAAAGUCUGUUUUUCUAUUUUUUCUGUUCAAUAAACUCAUGACCUUUAAUCAAUGAAUUAAAAAUAUACAAAUUAUACCAAAUAUCUUUGUUUUAAUUUGACUUAGUGAUUACUGGUGAUCAAUUAAAAUAUAAAACAAUAAUUAUCUUUAUUAGUAAACAGUGUAAGAAUAAAUCAAUUUCAGUUGUCAUCAUUAAUGAUAAGAAUCUUUUUCAUUUCUCUGUUUCAACAACUUGGCAGCAUAUCAUGCACUAGUCUAAAAUCUGAUGCCAAGUAAUGAAUAUUGCUUUGAUUAAACUAAACGGUAAUUUUUAUUGUUAAUGUAGACUUUAAACAUGGUUUACAGGUGUAAAUUAUGUAUCAAUAAAAUGCAUUACAGAAAAUGUC